UUAAACUUUGAGCUUCGUUUCGGCCUCAAAUUAUGUAAUUUGUUCUUUUAAAUGAAAAGUUUUAAUUUAAUGAAUCUUAAGCUUUACUUUGGUUUGCCCUUCGAGUCUUUAAUUUGUAACAAUUAUGUUAACCAAGAAACUGAAUCAACUUGCAAUUAUCAAUAAGCCUUUAAAUUUGUUUCCAGUGUUUCCGAUGUUUUAGGAUGUGGAAAUGUGGUCAUAAGAAUUGUUAACGAGGUUAAUUGUUUAAUAACAAUGUUUACUUAUACAAAUGGAUGUGAUUAUCAACACUGACAAGCAAGAAAAUGUUAAAUUAAUUAAAUCUAAUUAUCUAGCCAAAUGGUAAUUAAUUAAUGGUGCCAAUCUUAUCGUUUCUACAGUUACAUUGCAGGAUUAAAAUUUCCAAACAACAAUUUUUAAAGCUCAUGUCAUGUUGGAAAUUGGCCUUCAAUAUUUUGAUUUUAACUCCUUUGAUCAUCUCUUGACUAUUAUUGACUAACCUUUCACUCAAAAUUUGAAUCUUUUUAUCAACAAGAAAUGAGUAGUCAAUCAAUCGACAAGCUGGACUGUGGUCACGAUCAAAGUGAUGUUUUUUAUGUUCACAAAUGUUUAAAAACAUUUUGUGAAAAGUGUAAACAAGAAAAUCGUAUGUGUGUCUUGUGUAGAUCUGAACUCGUCGAAACUGAUUAUCUCAAAGCCAUUGAAAGGAAAAGAUGUAGAGAUGAUUCCGUUUGUAACAAUCAAGCCAUUUUCCAUUGUUUUUGUGAUGAAAAAGAUUUUUGUGAGCCUCAUUUACUUAGUUUUCAUAGAACAAUUUUACCAUCAAAACGAUGUUGUGCUGUUAUUCUCAGUUCGGAGACUGAUGAUCAACCAUGUUCCAAAUGUAGCAAAUGUAUCGCUCAAUUUUUCGACAAUGAAACCAGUGAAUUGUUUUGUGCAAAAUGUGCAAAGAAUAACAAUUCUUCUAAUAUCAUACCAAUUGAAUUAGACAACAACAACAAUACCGAUACCAACAACAUCAGAGUAACCGAAAAUAUUAAAAUUUAUCUUGCUGAUGUACAAAAGCAAUUGGAUCUAUUGAACAUAAAACUAAAAGAGUAUACGAAUGAGAUUGAAAAAGAAAAGGACAAGUUCGAUAAGCAAAUCAACCACUUGCAAAAGGAAUUGGAAUCUUAUGUGAACAUUAACAAAGAUCAAUUAGACUCUUUGCGAAAUGAAGCUGCCAAAGUAAAACAAUUUUUAGAUCUAUUGAAGCGCAAUGAUAAACUUGGAAUAAUCAAUCUAAUCAAAUCGGAUAAGCUCAACUAUAAACUUGCGGACUCGAAAUUAAGACUGUGGGUUGAAGAGAUCAUUCAAUCGUAUAAUAUUCCUGAAUUAACAAAAUCGGGUUUUAGCUGGAUCGAAGAGACUGAUUUUCAUGAGUUGGUUCCUGGUCCACGGAAUUGGAAGUCUAAUCAUAGUCCAUUCUUUCCAGAUAAUAUACUUAAAUUGGCUCACGACUUUAUCAAAGAUCAUCUUCUCCAUAAAAAUGACUGUAACUCUCCAUCCUGCCCCUGUAAGUCAGGCAAUCUUAUCAACUGUAUCCAACAAAAGUUUGUCAACCUGACAAACGAGAAACAACUUACAAGAAACGAUUUGGAUUAUUUUCUCGACUGUUCUUCCAUUGCUGGUGGUGAUGUUACUCUAUUAAUUGAAACUGGUAAACGAGCUCUUAAUCAAGCAGUAGAUUUGACGUUUGCUCGAAUAUGUUUCGAAGAAGCUCAUCGAAUCGAUCCAACAAAGUGGUUUGUUCUCGACACUUUAAUGGGUCUUUAUUUCGUACUCAAUGAUCACAAUAAUUGUCUACAACUCGGAAUCAAAGGAUUAAUGAAGGAUGGCAAUUACUUUAAAGCUCGUGUAUUAAUAUCAGAGAUGUUGAAACGUUUGCCAUCUUUAGAAUCAGAAUUGCCUGUCCGUCUCAAAUAUCUAAAAAAUUGGAAUCCUGAGCAAGACUACGAAAGAAUGAAGAAACUUUUAGAAGUUCUGGAGAAUUUGAAACAACUCCAUGAGCGACGAAAGGAAAGUGAAGAAAAACGAGAAAAUGUUCGAAAAUCUUUAAGUUUUGAUCUCAAUGGCACCAGCUAUAAUUCUUUGAAAUCUGUCAUUUCAGCCUUGAUAGACGUUAAAAACAGAAUGACAGAACAUAGCGUCGAUUCAAAUGAGUUAAUAUCAAUUACUAUCUCUUCCAAUCCUGUUCCAAAUGGCAAUGCUCCUCGGUCUAUCCGUAGUUCUCACAAGAAAGCCUCAAAUCAAAAUAAUAAGCGAAAGAACAUAGGAUCAAGAGGAUCAAGUCCUGAGUUAUCUGUCAAACGGAGACCAAUUCGAAAUAAGAAGACAACCGAUGCAACGGUCGACAAUAUGUACAAAAAGAUUUUCUUCAUGUUCCCCGAAAGUGUUUUAACUCGUGAAAUAGUCCAGAAAGACGACGAGUUAAUGAUACAUACUCAGCACGAAGCUCAAGUUGAACAUUUAAUUUUAACCCGUUAUCGCGCGAAACAAAUACCAUUCGUCUCAAAAGGAAAACAGAUCGGUCUACUUAUUAGCGAUCUUUUAUACGAAAUAGCAGAUCAAGCACCUUUAAUCAAAUUACCUUCUAAUUUCAUGGCUCUGUAUGGAAUUCAUCGAAAAAGUUAUCCAUUGUCCAAACCUUCAACGCUUUGUACAAGUGGUAUUGGAGUAUUAGCGACAAAAUUGAUCUUAACUGCCAAUGAGGUGAACUUUAAUCAAUCUGAAGUAUUAUUUUUGACUGAAUCAAUUCCAUUUCUGCGAGAUUUAUUCAAUCCCAACGAUUAUGAUAAAUUUUUCAUUCGUCUCAUGGUUCUUCGAGGAAUCAAAGAAUCUAAAGUUGAUUAUCUUCUAAUGGCAAAUGAAGUUUUCGAAAAAUCUAACCUUAAAUUGGUUCAAACAGCAAAUCAAACAUUUUUUAGUUCGUCUAUUCUUAAAUCAAUGACCAACAAGAUGAACGAAAAUAAUUUGGACACGUUAUUGGAUCACCACCGACACGAGGAAAUUGUUGAACUAUUAACAUCUAAAUCUGAGCUCUCUAGACAAGAAGAAGUGUACCUUUGUCGCGCCAUUCAGUCAUCAAAACAAUGGAAACGUGGAAUCGAAAUUAUUGCUAAAAGUAAGCAAUUAAAUGAUCGAUUGUUAAAAUUGUUACGAGCUUGUUUAAAGAAUGGAGAUAAACUAUCAAUUGAUCGAGAAUUGGCCAUCAAAUUGCUAAAAUUAGGGACUAAAGACUACAAUGCAAUGGCCUGGACUUGUAUUCUACAAACAUUCAUAAAUGAAAUGCGAGUUGGUAAAUUAGACGAAGGGAAAAUCACAGGUUUGAUUGAUUCAGUUCACGAUUAUCUAGGGAAUAAAGGAGCAUGUUGUCACUCAAAUGGCGAGUUUUUAUCCCUCGCACUUGAUUAUUUGAUUUUUCAAUGUAGCAGAAUCAAAGAAAGAUUAAUUCUUAGCUGCCUUGGUUGUUUUUACAAACAAUUAGAAUGUAGCUUUCUAUCAGCUAAUCAUGAGUCGGGAGUUUCUCUACGUUGGAAGGACAUUCAUCCUAUUUACAAUUACUUCAUCCCUGAAACUUUACCAAAGUUUGAUAGUGAAACAGAUAAUUCAAUCGAUUUAAAUACUGAAGAGCUUCUACGCAAUUUACUUCCCUUGGUCCCUGACAAUUUAAAUCCUGAAAGAUUUUCCAAUUCUGUCAAAGAAUAUGUCGAUCAUGGGAAACCAAUUGAACCUACAAGUAUUCCAAAAAAUCAUGUUACUCGAGAUCUUUACUAUUAUCUAGCUGAUUAUUACUUCAAAAACGAAGAGUUUCAAAAAGCCAUCAAAUUUUAUAUUCUUGAUUUAACUUUAAAUCGGAGUCGAUUUGAUUCAUGGGUUAGCUGUGCUCUCGCAAUUACGUGGCAAAUCGAUCAAUAUUCUUCGACUAGUUGUCGAGAUUUCUGCUCAUCUACUGAAGAAAUGUUGCUUUUGGAAGAAAAAGUAUUUCGAUGUUUCAAUGAAGCGAUUCGGAUUAAAAGUAAUAAUUCAAGGGUAUGGUUCGAAAAUGGAAAGUGUACUUAUAACAUCGCGAGCUAUAUUUCUCGAAUCAUGAAAAUCAGGCCAGUGUUGGAAAAUUCGGGGAAAGAAGCAAUGCAACAACGGCGAAAGAAAUUCUUAGAUCAAGCUCGAGUUUGCUUCGAAUCAGCUAACAAAUUUGCUAAUGCUGAUGAAAUUUGGAUGAAUUAUUAUUUCUUAGGAAAAAUUGCUGAAAGAAGUAACAUCUUACAAACACUUCGAUAUUAUGAAUUAUCUAAGAUUCAUAUGCUCUCAAGUGCAGCAAAUUGUGGAAUCGGUUAUGACUUUGAAAUUUGUUAUGGUUUUGGCAACGAAAUUCACUAUCGUAUUCACGCUUGUGUCCUCAAGUAUAUUAAUAAGCACAAAACUCCGCCAACAAAAAUAUUAUCACAGAUUAUGUUGUUUCUAACUCGUGCUAAAAAAAGCUAUUUCGGUUCUUGGUUUAAUCUAAGAGAUGAAGCAGAUGAUGAAAUCAUGCAAGAUGUCAACAGAACGGUGACUGAUUUGGCUACUCUGGUCCAUGAUGGAAUCCUCGAAAGUGAUAGCGAGCAAUUGUUCACCAGAAUAGUACAAAUGUGUCUUGAAGCGAUUUUAGAUAUUUUAAAACAACGUUCUCAGCAUUACAAAUCACUCUAUCGAAUUGCGCAUCAUUAUUUUCUGACUAAAGACUAUCGAUUCUCACAAAAGGUACUCUCAGGUAGUUUUCUAUUUCCACCCAACUCACAAGGCUCUACAUCAAAUGGGGAAAUUUCAACUGUUUCAGAAUACAGGUAUAAGUUUGAUGGUCUUUUUGUCUUGACUUCACAUUGGCUAGCACUCCCUGACCUAAUGAGACUAGAUGCGAUAUUUGACAGACCAGGAAGUUUUAUUACUCAUAUGCUUCGAUCGACUCUGUUAUUGAUUAAUAUAAACAAGAAUUUGGGAGAUGCUGAACAAUUGUUCAUAAUCACAAUGCAUCUGAGCUCAUCAGCAUUUGAAAAAUAUCUUUGUGAAACCGAUCGGGAAAAUCUUGGAAAACAAGCAAUGGAACAUUGUUUCAACGUUUACGAAAGUCGAAUUGCAAAAGCAAAAGGAAAUCGAAACAAUUUAGAUCAAAUAAAAGUUGAAGUAAGGAGAAUCUGUAAAAAAUUGAUGGAAUCUUCUAUCUAUAAACAACAGGCUCAACAAUUUCUCGAAAAACAUGUCCAAUGUAUAACAAUUAAUUAAUUGUAUUGAUCAAAGAUUUCGAUGAUCUGGAUCGUACCUCAAAAGAGCAAAUAAACAAAAUAGCAAAA